ACAAAGGGAGUGGCGAGAGUGGAAUCUACCAACUGCCACGAGCUCGGAAGUUCAUUUCUGGCAGUGACUUCGCGAGGAGUUUCAACUCUUUAAUUCAGUUGCGGAAUUAAAGAAUGGAGAAAACCUCUGCCUCCUGUCACUCGACUGAAUGGAGCAGAGUUGAUACCAUGAAGCCAGCCCCCAGAGAGGAGAACAGCGGGACAUCCCAACGGGAGGUUGAAGGCGGUAUGGAAUCUGUUUCCGUUCGUUCAUGUCUGCUUUAGACUCCACAAGUUUCUGUUGAUGAAAUGAGACUCCAGGGAAGCAGAUCUGCGUUGAUUCAGAUUCAACUGUUUUCCAACAGCGACGGGACGUACAAACAUCUGCAGAGGACGUCUUUGCUGGAAGCAGAACAAUGGCGGACAUAUCUACGUUCCCUCAGUGCAAUGGGAUUACUGGGUCCAAGUACCAGGAGUGGGUGUCAAAUACAGUCUGCAACACAAGACACCAGACCUUCCGGCUAAACGGUGCAGACACUGCAACACUCACCGUGGGGGUUCUGGAGGACACCAAGUGCAGCCCUGCAGACUUGAACGCGUGGGGGAAGUUCUUCCUGCCCGUCACAGUUCAAAUGCAGGUGGUGGGUUACGUGGAGGGCACCCCGUACCCCUGUGACCAGCUCGUCCUGAUGACCUGUGAGGACAAGAAGUUCUACGGCUAUGACGGAGAUGAGCUGCACCUAGUGGCCUCAAGUCUGGAGGACCUGUGCAGCGAGGGGAUAGACUACCCUGCUUCCAAAAGCUUUUACAGAGGGGAGGCCUUUAAAGACACGCCCACCGAGGAGUGGGAGGAGCUGAUGAAGAGCCCUGUCGGGAAGAAGCUGGACCAAGAGCAUCACCAGCUGGUAUCAAAACACAAAGACAGUUUCCUGAAAAACCUGCGGAUCGGUGCAGAGAAGCGAAGGUGUCACCAGCAGCACGGCCCCCACCUUUCAGACGCCAUGCUCAGACAGUUGCAGAACAGCGGAGCCUGAUGGCGGCCAGAUUGAAACUGAACUGCACGCACGCUGCUGUCUGGACAAAUCUGAAAGAUUGUGGAUUUUUCAGAUUUCUUCUCCUAAACUGCAGUCAAUUGCACUCUGAUUCUCCUCCCCCAUUUAUCCUAAGAUUGCAGUAAUUAAAAAACACCCUUAGAUUGAUCUGCCGAAUCAGGAGACUAAUAAUGAAAACAUUAGAAAAUAAAAGCAAUUUAGCUGAAUCCCAAAACAGAUUCAAAAAUGUAUAAGAAAUAUAAAUUCAGAGUUCCAAUCUAAAAGUGUGAGGAGAAGCAUCAGGCGAGGGGGAGAACGGUGCAGACUGCAGAUGUGCAAAGUGAACCGUCUGCAGCUGUGGAGAGUGGAGCAAGACGAGUUCAGCAAUGCAUGCUGGGAUACCUCAGCUGGCGCACAGGAGCACGAACGUCCGAGCAGCUGUGCAGCUGAAAUGCAGCUUUGAAAUAUAAAACGUGAUCCAAAGAAGUGAAAGAUAAGGUGACUUAUUUUUACUAUAAAUGUAACUUUAUUAAUUUCUGUCAUCAGUCAUUGUUUACAUCAAUACCCCCAGGGGUCUGCAACCUUAAAGACUUAAAAAGCCACUCAGGUCUAUUUCUUAUUGACCACAACCCCAUCGUCUUAUUUCAUCCCUUUGAAAAUGCAUGAAGAGACACUGAUUUGCUUUUAUGGUGUUGCUACUUUGAUAAAUAUAAAUUCAGUUUUCUUCUUUUGCUUCAACAAAACUUAAACAUAGACGUUUGUUUCAUAACCUGAAAUAGUUUGUAGCUUUUGAGAAAGGUUAACAUGACUUCAUCAUCUCAAUAUAGCAAAUGUAGUAGGUACUGUUAGCGCGUGAAGUAAUUAAAACUCCAGUUUCUUUCAACCUGUGGUGCAGCAGAACCUGAAAUUCGUAAAUGAAAAUAACUAAAAUUAAAUUGGAGCUUUAAUAAGAUUGGACUUUUCUGACUUUUUUUUUUUCUGGCUGCAUAUAGUCCAAAAAAUAGAAUGCUUUUCAAAAUAAAAAUAUUCUUUUUAACCAGAGAGCCACAUGAGUGAAGACGCAUUUUUUAGACCUGUGUUAGGAAACUGUACCUUUCCCAAUCUGUUCCAAGAGGAAAACACAAUAUUUCAGAUAAAAUGAUGGGGAUUGAUUUUCCCCUGAAAUGUUGGAGCAGAAACAAAGUGUUGCAACAAAAACAUGAAUAGUUUGAUGACAAUCAAUGAGCAGACGAGGUCAUUCACUCAUCAUUUAAUGAUCGUGUAACUUAAAAGACAAAAUACAUUUAUGCUGAAGAAAGACUAAACAAAUGCAUGAAAUAACAAACCAAAAAACUCUAAUGUGAUUGAAAGAAUCUGAACUCAAACUUUUACUUUGAAGAGAAUUUUCCUGGGAUUUCAUGAAAGCUGAAAAAAGUAUUACUUUGAAAUUUUGAUAAAAUGAUCCAGUCAACAGCAGAAAGAUUUAUGGUCAAAAGGAGAAAAAUGUCAAACUUUCAAAGUGAAUCUUUUUGGGGAAUUAAAAGUCACUAUUGUAUAAAGUGUAAACUAUAAAAACAAAAACAAACAAAAAAAGUAUUUUGCAUAAUAAAUGUAAUUAAAGUAAGUGUGCCUUGUCAGUUUUUAAAAGAAUUUUGCUGAGUAUAAAUAAAUGUUUUGUAAAAGGUU